AUGAGCGGAGCUGCUGGCACCGGCAGCAGCGCCGCGGCCCCCCGACAGGCCCUGGAAGAUGCCGAGGAUGGAAGCUCCUACGAGACGACCUCUGAGGAGGGAGAGCCGCCUCUGCCCGCACCGGCAUCGGGCGCUGGCACCGAACCGCGCUACCGCGAUGCGAAGGUUGGCUCAGACGAGCCCUUCCGGGAACCGAGGGGACAUCCGCCGGCCAUGCUUGACGUGGCCUGCCAGACGGUGAUGUCUUUCUUCGAGACCCGUGCCCUGAAGAGCAUCUGGGGGCUCCGGGGCUUAGCAGUGGGCUGUUGGGCAGACGUGCGGCUUGAACAGGCCACUUCGAGUCCAUCAUGUCUUGAGCUGAUGUGGGAUCCAGUCCUCGUACCCAACCGUCUCGGCACCGAGGCACGGCUGCUGUCGGAGACGACGUGCCUCUACCUCCGGAGGUUCUAG